AAAAAAAAAAUUAUUCCCCAGCUAGCAAGCUAGAGCUGAUCAUGUCAAACAACAAAGGAAAAGAUGUUGCAGAAGGAUCGUCAAGAUCUUCCGCUACUGGUGUUGGUGUUGGUGCUAGUGCUGGUGUUGGCGGUGAUCAUCAUGAUCAUCAGCAGCAGCCACCUCCGUUGAGCCGGUACGAAUCGCAGAAGCGGCGGGACUGGAACACGUUCGGGCAGUACCUGAGGAACCAAAGGCCACCGGUGGCGCUUUCGCAGUGCAACUCCAACCAUGUGCUGGAUUUCCUGAGAUACCUAGAUCAGUUCGGAAAGACUAAGGUGCACUUACAAGGUUGUGUGUUCUUCGGGCAGCCCGAACCGCCUGGGCCUUGCAUUUGCCCGCUUAGACAAGCAUGGGGCAGCCUAGACGCCCUCAUCGGCCGCCUUCGAGCCGCCUAUGAAGAGAACGGCGGCCUGCCGGAGACGAACCCGUUCGCAAGCGGUGCUAUCCGGGUUUACUUGCGCGAGGUGAGGGACUCCCAGGCCAAGGCUCGUGGCAUCCCUUAUAAGAAGAAAAAGAAGAAGAGAACUCCAGUUAAGGGCAACGAUGAUAACUCCAGCUUUCCUGCGCAGUAAUCUGGGAACAAAAUGGUUCGUUCUUCCUAAAUAAUUAAUUCAAAUUCCUGAAUCAUCAUCACUGUGUUUUGAAGCUCUAUUGUACUGGAGAUUGCAAUAUUGAUCAACUCUUUCCUUGGAUCAAGCUCUUUGAUGUUUUCUAUGGCUCCGGCACUGUAUUUAUUGUUUGCAUGACAAUUAUAGCUUGAAGUUAGUGGGGGGAAAACUAAAAUGAUCUGGUAAGUUCCUCUCUUUUAUCCACGUCUUUUUGUAAGUAAUGAGUCCACUAUGAAAUAUUAUUGUAAGCUUAUAUAUACCAUAAAUUA